ACACCCCUGCGUGGGCGAGCGGCGCCUGGCAGCGACCGCUCCCUUGGUGCAGCGUCCCUCAGCCAGGAGGUCACCGCAGCCGCCUCCCGCAGAGCCCAGCCGGGGUCCCGAUCCCGGGACGCUGCAGCCACUGGUGCAGGCUCCUGCAGUGUCCUGUCCUGGGGCUUGAGGUGUCCCGCGGCUCGAAGGGCUUGGCAGGGCCUGUGCCCGUCCCGGGGUGUGACUGUACCACGUUGCUGGGGCGCUGCCAACAGCCAGCCCUGACCCACGCUGGGACCCCGCUGCAGCCGCCUGUCAGUGCGGGGGCGACUCCCAAUAGCCCUGCGCUCCUGCCCCUCGGUCAUACAGCGGGCUACACCCGGACACUUGCCCAGCGGCUAAUAACACCGGGGCUCAGUUCAUUCUCUCCUCUGUAGCGCACACAGGCGUGCCAGGCACUUCACAGAAAGCAGGCGGCCGGUUCCUGGGCUGAGGCGCUGAGCCGGCACUGGGGUCAGCAUUGCAGAGCCUUCCCCAUGUGAGAGGAGAGGAACUGUAGCUGCAAUCCAUUGCCUUUCCCAGUUCAGAUACAAAUCGGGGGCAUAACAGGGCGCCAUGGCGGACUAUCGGAUCCGCGAGUACAGAGACGAGGACUACGAGGCGGUGCGCGAGAUGUUUGCCACUGGGAUGAGCGAGUACGUCCCCGCCCUGUGCGUGCACGUGCUAAAGCAGCCCUGGGUGAUCCUGGUACUGGCCUGCACCUUCUGUGUUCUGCUCACCAGCUCCAAGUCCCUCCUGCUGCCCAUCCUGGCCGUCACGCUGCUACUGGCUAUGGGGCGGCAGCUGCUCGGCUACUUCUGGACCAUGUAUAUCGAGCACUGCUUAAAGGAGGACCUGCUGGACAUCAGGACGACCUACAUGGGUAGCAAGGGCUCCUGCUUCUGGGUGGCAGAAGCGGAUGAGUGUGUGGUGGGCACCGUGGCUGCCAGGCCGUCUGACGAGCAGGAGGGGGAGCUGAUGCUGAAGCGGAUGUCGGUGCGGAAGGACUACCGGGGGCUGGGUGUCGCCAAGGCGCUCUGCCAGGCGGUGAUCUGCUUCGCCCAGCAGCAGGGCUGCCGCGCCGUGGUGCUGAACACCCUGAUGGUGCAGGACGAGGCCCGCCUGAUGUACGAGCGUGUGGGCUUCGAGAAGUACCGUGACGACGUGCUGCCCACCGUCUACGGGAGACUGGCCAACGUCACCAUCUCCAAGUACAGGUACGGCGUCCCCCGCAGGAGCUGACGCGGGAGCGGACUCCGCGCUGCUGCCAAGGGCUGGAACCAGUAUCUCCUCCUAUUCCCUCGCCCCGGAGCAUACAGAGCGCAGAGGGUGAGACGCAGCUGACCGGUCACCUUGCAGAGCGCUGGCCUGAAAAAAAGUGGUGUCUUGCUCUUGCUGGCCUAUGCUACCGAUGUCUGAUUGCUCUGUGCAGUGAGGGAGAGCCGACCGGAUCUGCUUUGGCCUGUUGCCUGGCUGCCUUCUCGAUGCGCAGAUGGUGUGUGCUGGCCUGACAGACCCCACUGACAUUGUCCCGCUGACCUCCGGCCUUGUCUGCACCAAGGGCUGGGAGCUGGGCGGCCGGAGCUGGGCCUGGUGCGUUUGAGGCCUUUUCAGUACGCUGCCUUGACGCAGCAGUUCAGACUGGUUCCUCAGGUUGAGCGCGUUGGGCUCCAGGUAGUCUACGUGCACAGGAAACUCGCCCAGCCUCGGCAGGGAGGUUUCCAUGCUCAUCACUGGGACGGGAUGACUCUGGGGGGUGGGUCAUGUUGAGAUGCUGGUAAGUCACUGGUUCAAACCCAGGUCACUUGGUUGGAUUCAACACCAUUCCCACGUGCAUUGUGUUCUUUCAGUGGCCUUUGAGGAGACCAAGUGGUCUUGGAGCGGGGUAUCACACCUGGAUCUAACUGGAUGGGGUGUCGUCGUCAGCGUCAGAAGCCCUAGAGUGAGUGGGCCAUGGGGACUGAAGUCCCCUCCUGUUUGGAGGAACCUCUUUGUAACCAAAACCUGUCUCCACCCCUGUCCAUCCAGCCCUUCUUCCUAGCAUUAAAUCCACCUAGAAAUCUGACCAGGCAUUUGUGUCAUUCUCCCCAGCAGUCUGCUGCGGGCUGGUGUCCCUCCAUCCGGCACUUAGUUGAGCAUGCUGCCUAGGCAGCGGCUCCGGGAGCUGGGAGGCCCAGCUCUGGGCCCGUGCUGUGUUGCUGUAGUGUUGGUGUUGUGGAACUCUGGUGAAUAAAGAAAUUGCUGCAUCGC